AUGGCUCCUGAUAAUGUAGCAGUGGAUCUGGCUCAGAAUCUCAAUAUUAGUCAAAAUGUUGGUACAUCUGCUCAUAACAAUGGCAGUUCUUCUUCAAAUCAAGGUAUCGACUAUAAUCACCCUCUGUUUUUGAGUCCUACUUAUAUCAGUGGGAUCAACGCUAGGAGCCAAAUUCUUAUGAUGAAUCCUUUACCAUCCAUUAAUCAUGAAUAUGCUAUGAUUAUGGGAGAUGAGAGUCAAAAAGCAGUAGUUCAUACAUCCAGUAGUAGUUUGGGACUGAGUGCUAUGAAUAUGGAAUCUUUUGCCUUAUAUUACAAAGUUCGUAGUAGCUCAGGGGUGAGUCAAAGGUUCAAGAAGAACUCUCUGCUAGUUUGUGAUUUCUGCAACUAUAAAGGACACAUCAAUGAGUUUUGUUACAAAAUUGUAGGAUAUCCACCUGACUUUAAGUCUAAAAAGAAGAGUCAGGGAAGUGAAUCUGGACAGUACAGUCAACCUUCAGUAGCUCAGGCUCAUUUCUCUUAUGGUUCCAACACAAAUGUACAGGUUCCUGAGUGGGGAAAGAAAGUUGAAAAUUCUCCUUAUCAUAACUUUGGUGGUGAAUCUAUAGCUGAGAAUACUAAAGCUAAUAUGCAGUUAAGUCAAUCUGAGAAAGAUGGCAAGCAACUACUUCAGGGUGCACGUUCACAAAGGAUAAGUAAAGCAUUUUUUGUCUCUGCAAAUAAUAAGGUGUGGAUUAUAGAUACGGGUGCUACAAAUCAUAUGGUGUCUAACUUGGAAAUGUUGUCCAAGAAUUCUGUGACAAAACUUUAUACUCUUAAAAUUGUUUAUCUUCCAAAUGGUGAUACUACUAAAGUGACUCAUGAACUUUACACUGAAAAGGUGAAGGAGGUUGGUAAAGAAGAAGGAGGAUUGUAUUUGUUGUUAAGCCAGUUGACACAUGGAACUGAAAGUGAAGUGAAGAAGUCUGUUUGGGCUGUUCCUAGAGUGCUCUCCAGUAUAGAAUUGUGGCAUCAAAGAUUAGGGCAUGUGUUUUCUAUAGUACUUGCUAGAAUGUUUGAUAUGAAUAAAGACAGUAUGUGUAAGACUCAGUUUGGUAAGACUGUUAAAAUGGUAAGGUCUGACAUUGGAACUGAAUUUCUUAACUCAGUAUGCAAUACAAUGUUUAAAGAUUUGGGAAUUAUACAUCAGAGAUCUUGCCCCUAUACCCCUCAGCAAAUUAGUGUUGCUGAAAGGAAACAUAGGCAUAUACGUGAUGUUACAAGAGCACUCAGGUUUGAGGCUAAAAUUCCUUUGACAUUUUGGGGGCAUUGUGUUCUGGCAGCAGUAUAUCUGAUCAAUAAAUUACCAAGUAGUGUGAUAGAUCACAGACUCCUUAUAAGAGAUUGUAUGGGUGCUCACCAGGUCAAGAUCAACUGUUCAUAUGAGAUAUUCAGAAGUUCAGAAGGGGAGAAGGAGAAUAGCCUGAACACUCACAUUGUGUUUGAGGACACUGUCCAAGGAUUAUGUGUGCUGUAUGAAGAUUUUAAUCAGUUCUCUCAUAUGCCUGAAGUAGAACAGGUACAAAAUGGAAGUGCUCAGGUUAUUGAUACCACUGUGUGUGACUCAACACAGGAUGUUGUCCAAGCACCUACUAGAAGGUCCACUAGAACUACACAUACUCCUAAAUGGAUGAGAGAUUUUGUCUCAUUGAAUAUCAGUAAGGAUGUGCAAUAUCCAUUAUGCAACUACAUGAGCUAUGAUCACUUGUCUCCUUCUUAUAAAUGUUAUAUUGAUGCUACUUCAACUGUCCAAGAACAUGUGUCCUAUGCAGACACUAUUAAAGACAAAAGGUGGGUAGAGGCCAUGCAGAUUGGGAUUCAUGCUCUGGAGACCAAUAACACUUGGGUACUCACUGACUUGCCAAUAGAAAAGAAACCUAUAGGUUACAGGUGGAUAUACAAAGUAAAGUACCAAUCUACUGGUGAAAUAGAGAGGUUCAAAGGAAGAUUGGUUGCUAAGGGCUACAGUCAGCAAGAGGGAAUAGACUAUCAAGAAACUUUUUCCCCUGUUGUUAAGAUGGUCACUGUGAGAACCAUAGUGGCUCUGGCUGCCUCUAGACAAUGGCACAUUCAUCAGAUAGAUGUCUUUAAUGCCUUUUUACAUGGUGAUUUAGAAGAUGAAAUUUACAUGCAGUUACCUCAAGGUUUUAUCAUAAUAACUGGCAGCAGUCUGAAGAUGAUUGAAGAGACAAAGAAAUCAUUACAACAAGCAUUUAAGAUGAAGGAUCUAGGGGAAUUGAAGUAUUUCUUAGGAAUUGAAUUUAUCAUGUCAGCUGAUGUCAUACUUAUGCAUCAGAGGAAAUAUCCCCUGAAACUUAUAACUGAAGUUGGUCUUUCAGCAGUAAGGCCUGCUGGAACUCCCAUUGACAUUAAUGUCAAACUAACAUCUAAGUUGUAUGAUGAUCAUAUACAUAAAGGACAGGAGGAAGAUCCCUUAGUAGAUGUAACAAUGUAUCAUAUGUUGAUAGGGAAAUUAUUGUACCUCAACAUGACCAGGCCUGAUAUAUCCUUCAGCACUCAGACCCUACGUCAAUUCUUGCAACAACCAUAG